GAGACGAGCGGCGACUUACUGUCAGCAAACGUGGAAAGCUUCCGAGAUGGCGGCAGUUUGAAAAAGUUUCUGUUCCGAGAUAUUGCUUUCUCGUUUCUGGACUGAAACUUUUGAGGCAGGAGCGUUUGCCGUUUUUCGAACGCCCGCACCAUUCGAGAGUAUCGACUUCCCACGCCUGUGCCCUUGAACUACAUUACAAGAAGAAGAAGAAAAGCUGCCAAAAUGCUGGGAAACAAAUUUGCUCGUUCUGCGCUUGCGCGCAGGAUGCGCAGCCCUCUUCACUCCAUUCGAAAUCAAUCAACCAAAGUAGAAUAUCGUCCAAUUCGCAGUGUCCUGGCAGCAAACCGAGGUGAAAUUGCUAUCCGUGUUUUUCGAGCAUGUACUGAAUUAGGGAUAAAAUCUGUGGCCAUUUACUCUGAACAAGACAAGAUGCAAAUGCAUAGACAGAAGGCUGAUGAGUCCUAUAUUGUGGGUAAAGGGCUGCCACCAGUUCAAGCUUACCUUAACAUCCCUGACAUCAUCCGUAUUGCUAAGGAAAAUAAUGUAGAUGCUAUUCACCCUGGAUAUGGUUUCCUUUCUGAGCGAUCUGACUUUGCUCAAGCUGUUGUUGAUGCUGGGAUAAGGUUUAUUGGCCCUGCUCCUAGUGUUGUCCAGAAGAUGGGUGACAAAGUUGCAGCUCGGCAGGCAGCUAUUGCGGCUGGAGUCCCAAUCGUUCCUGGAACUGAUGGACCUGUCACUAAGGCUGAGGAAGCCGAAGAAUUCUGUUUGAAACAUGGCCUGCCUGUUAUCUUUAAAGCGGCUUAUGGAGGUGGUGGUCGUGGUAUGAGAGUUGUGAGAAAAAUGGAGGAGGUCAAGGAUGCGUUUUCUCGUGCUAGUUCUGAGGCUAACGCAGCGUUCGGAAAUGGUGCCAUGUUCAUUGAGAAGUUCAUUGAAAGACCGAGACACAUUGAGGUUCAGCUUCUUGGUGACAAAGCUGGUAAUGUUGUUCACCUGCAUGAGCGUGAUUGCUCCGUGCAGAGAAGGCACCAAAAAGUUGUGGAAAUUGCCCCUGCACCCAAUCUACCUGACAAAAUUAGAGAUGCUAUGUUUCAUUAUGCUGUGAAACUUGCUAAGCAUGUUGGAUAUGAAAAUGCUGGCACUGUUGAGUUCCUCUGUGACGAUCAAGGAAACUUUUAUUUUAUUGAAGUGAAUGCUCGUCUUCAGGUAGAACACACUGUUACAGAAGAAGUCACAGGAAUUGACCUUUUACAAUCUCAGAUCAGAGUUGCUGAAGGAAUGACCCUUCCAGAGCUUGGGAUGACACAAGACAAAAUUAAGGCUCAAGGUUAUGCCGUGCAGUGCCGAGUAACCACUGAGGACCCUGCCAAGGGCUUCCAGCCUGACACUGGCCGAAUUGAGGUAUUUAGGACAGGAGAGGGUAUGGGUAUUCGUCUAGAUGGGGCAUCAGCUUACCCUGGUGCUGUUAUCUCCCCAUUCUAUGACUCCUUGUUGGUUAAAGUUAUUUCUCACUCCACUGAUCUACAAAGCUCUGCUGCUAAAAUGUCACGAGCUCUUCGUGAGUUCAGAGUUCGAGGUGUGAAGACCAACAUUCCAUUCCUGCUUAACGUCCUUGAAAAUCAAACCUUCUUAAAUGGCUCGGUUGAUACAAAUUUCAUUGAUGAGCAGCCCACACUUUUCAACUUCAAGCCAUCUCAAAACAGAGCUCAAAAGCUUUUGAACUACUUGGGUACUGUGCUAGUGAACGGGCCAUCAACACCCCUUGCUAACACCCUGAUGAAACCAGCCAACAUUACUCCUCAUGUACCUGAAGUUCCUAUUGACAUUUCUGCUUCGUCUGCAUCUGAUGGAGAGGGGGAUGAAGUAGUAUACAUGAAGCCUCCUGAAGGUCUCAGACAGGUUCUAUUGAAGGAUGGUCCUGAAGCUUUUGCUAAAGCUGUUCGUUCUAAGAAGGGGCUUCUCCUGAUGGACACAACAUUCCGAGAUGCCCAUCAAUCUCUCUUGGCCACCCGAGUUCGUACUCAUGAUUUGCUUCGCAUUUCUCCGUUUGUGUCCCACAACUUCAGCAACUUAUAUUCUCUGGAGAAUUGGGGUGGUGCCACAUUUGAUGUGUCACUCCGUUUCCUGCAUGAAUGCCCUUGGGAACGUUUAGAAGCCAUGCGAAAGGAAAUUCCAAACAUUCCCUUCCAAAUGCUGCUGAGAGGUGCAAAUGCUGUGGGUUACACCAACUACCCAGAUAAUGUUGUUUUCAAGUUUUGUGAAAUGUCUGUUAAAGCUGGUAUGGACAUUUUCCGAGUUUUUGAUUCUCUUAACUACCUGCCUAACCUGGUGGUUGGAAUGGAAGCAGCAGGAAAAGCUGGGGGUGUUGUGGAAGCUGCUAUCUCUUACACGGGAGAUGUUUCUGAUCCCAAGCGCACGAAAUAUGAUCUCAAGUACUAUUUAAACCUCACUGAUGAACUUGUGAAGGCUGGAACUCAUGUUCUGGCUAUCAAGGAUAUGGCAGGUUUGCUGAAACCAGCUUCCGCAAAAUUGCUGAUCACCGCUAUUCGUGACAAAUACCCCGACCUGCCUAUCCAUAUCCACACUCACGACACUGCUGGCGCUGGAGUUGCGUCAAUGCUAGCGUGUGCCGAGGCUGGUGCUGAUGUUGUUGAUGUUGCUGUGGACUCAAUGUCUGGCAUGACAUCCCAGCCCAGCAUGGGUGCAGUUGUUGCAUCCUUGCAGGGCACCAAGUUGGACACAGGAUAUGAUUUGAGUGACAUCAGCAAGUAUUCUGCUUACUGGGAGCAAACGCGUACUCUGUACGCACCAUUCGAGUGCUGCCUCACAAUGAAGAGCGGUAAUGCUGAUGUUUACUUGAACGAAAUUCCUGGUGGCCAGUACACCAACCUGCAGUUCCAAGCCUACUCCCUGGGCCUGGGGGAGUUCUUUGAAGAUAUCAAGAAGGCCUACAGAGAGGCAAACCUGCUCCUCGGUGAUAUUGUCAAGGUUACACCAUCAUCCAAGGUGGUUGGUGACCUCGCCAACUUUAUGGUUCAAAACAAACUCACAGCAGAUGAUGUACUUGAGAAGGCUGAGGAGCUCAGUUUCCCCAAGUCUGUUGUGGAAUUCCUGCAAGGUGCCAUUGGUGAACCUUACCAGGGAUACCCAGAGCCUCUCCGAUCAAAGGUGUUAAAAGACAUGCCGCGUGUGCAAGGCCGACCUGGUGCUAGUUUGCCACCUCUAGACUUCAAGAAGCUUGGCGAUGAACUAAAAGAAAGACACCCCACCGCCUCAGAAUAUGAUGUCAUGAGCUCUGCACUUUACCCAGCUGUCACUGAGGAUUACUUGAACUUCAGGGAAGAGUUUGGUCCAGUGGAUAAACUGGAUACCAGGAUUUUCUUAACUGGACCCAAGAUUGGCGAGGACUUUGAGGCAUCUAUUGAAAAGGGAAAAACACUGAGCUUCAAGACUUUGGCAAUGGCUGAUGAUCUGACACCUAAUGGUGAGAGGGAGGUGUUCUUUGAACUUAACGGUCAGAUGCGAUCUGUGUUUAUUCAAGACAAGGAGGCAAGGAAGGAGAUCCACAUCCAUCCAAAGGCACAAAAGGGAGUUAAGGGCCAAAUUGGCUCUCCUAUGCCUGGAUCUGUGAUUGAAGUUCAGGUGCAAGUUGGACAAAAGGUUGAAAAGGGUGCCCCACUUGUCGUCAUUUCUGCAAUGAAGAUGGAGAUGGUGGUGCAAGCGCCCAUCGCAGGAACUGUAAAAUCAAUUGACAUCCAGCCUGGCAUGAAGGUUGAAGGGGAUGACCUCCUUGCAACUAUUGAAUAGACUCGUACCUGUAAUGCCUCAUGAUUUUAAUUGCUGUAUGUGCCAACUUUUAUUUAUUAUCUUGGAUGUCUUACGCAUUGUAUGCAUAGCAGCUAUUCAAUUACUGUGACACAUAGCUAAGGACAUUUUUUUAUUUCAAAGUUCUAUUUUAAUCAUUUCUUCAGAAAAGCUUAAUUUUUUUCUAUAGGAAAGUGGCUAAUUAUGCAACUUUUAAAGUGAUAGGACAUUUUAUUUUUAAAUCAUGCAAUGAAUUAUUUUAUAAGUGUUUUUUUACCUUUCUUCCAUAUGUUUUAUGUUUGUAGAUUGUUUUUCCCUUCCUUUGCCCUCUGUGUUGUAAGUACAAAUACACUCUUCGUUUGGCAGAAACCACAUAUUAUAUGACUAUUUUAGGUUCUGAACAGUAGGUGAAUUUUAUUCAUUGUUGUGCUCUCUCAUUGAUUGAUUUCAUUUGUUUGUAUUGUGUGUUGCUCAUGUAUGAAAAUCUUGAUAAUGAAUGUGGGUCUUUGUUGUUUUUACUUGUUAGUUUUGUUUCAUCACUUUGUAUAUUUUAAAUUGCAGUUUGAUUUCGAAAACAAAACGGUAGAUUGCAUUCCGAUAAAUGAAUCAUUGUUUAUAGCUACAAAUUUAUACAUUAGCCCUCUGUAUGUAUUGCGAUUUGAAAUGUUAAGUCCAUUGAUGACAUUGCCAUCCAGUACUCCUGUUUUAAUGCUGUAUUAACAAUGAAUUAACAUGGUUGUUAAGUAUUUAUGCUAAGAGAUUGAAUUAGUCAUUCAUUUUAAAUGGAAAUUUGUUGUGAAAGAACAUGAUUCAAUAAUUCUGUGCCACUAGAGUAUGAUUAGAGUGGUCUGUUGGUUGACUUUUGAAACCAGUCAGGGUUUUAUGUCAAACCAUUUCUCACGUUGUCACUGUGAUUUUAUUAGUCUGUUUUGCGCUGUUUUGUUGGGACAACUAAAUACUGCAGGGUUUAAUUUGGUGGUAAUCGUAUGGAGUUCACAAAUAAAUUCAACUGUAGGGGAGGGUUGGUGAGAACGUCCAGGUCAUGUCACGUUGGGUAGCUGUUAUCUAGUUGUAAGAUUGUUACUGAAACUUAGUAUUACUAGUGUUUAUGGUUGUGCCAGAAAAAAAUGACUUUAGAUUUUCCUUUUAAAUCUAUAGUCUAGACUUGUUAUUUUUAGAAUGAGUAUUUUUAAAAGUGUCUUCCAAAUUUGUGAUAUUGUCUUGAAUGGCAUGCUUGGUCUUUGAAUAUUUUUUUCUAGAAAUGCCACCAAUUGUUUGGUUUAAACAUGCUUAACAUCCUGCCUUUUUUUGUCAACACCUCUUCUCUCUUUUCUAUAACUGUGAAUUACAGCAUAACAACUCUGACCACA